AUGUGGAUGCAUCAGGAGGAACCGCCACAGAGCUUCGUCUACCACCCAAUGGACAUGGAAAGUGCCAUGAAAAUGGAAGAUUCCGAAGGCACUCUCCUUUCUAUACCGACUGCCUCGCCAUCUCCCAUUUCAACCACUUCCACUCACCACUCCACAUCUCACCGAUCCAUCUCUCAUCAUUCUUCCUCGCAAUCUCCAACCAGCGUGCUUUCAAACUCCAACUCAAAUCUGAUCAACACUAUGGUAGAAAACUUAUCGCCAACAAACAGCUCCGGAGAUAGCGAGGAGGACCACCCCACCGACCCUCCCUACUCGCAGCUAAUCUACCAAGCCCUCAAAGAGACCACGGGCUACCGACUCCAACUCCAAGACAUAUACGCUUGGUUUGAGAAAAACACCAACAAAGGCAAAGAUCAAGGAAAAGGAUGGCAAAACAGCAUCCGGCAUAAUCUUUCCAUGAACGCCGGAUUUGAAGCUAUCAGAAGUGAUUCCCCCGGCGGCAAAAGGACCGUGAACUAUUGGAGCCUAACCGCCCAAGCCAUUUCCAAGGGCCGGGUAGAAUCCACAACCCGGUAUCGACGACCAAACCCGAAAAGGAGCGCAAAUUCCGAUCUUCCCACGCCCCGCCGCAACGGUCACGGAGUAUGCCAGCGGGGCAGUGUAAAAUUACAAAAAACCUGGGAAGAGAACCAGUCCCGCCAACAAGCUAAGCAUCACCACCAUCGCCACCACGACAAACGCGACGAGAAGGCCAAGCACCAUGAUAAACACCGCCCAACUACUACUACCACCACCACCACCACCACCAACACCGCAGUAUCAGAAGCAUCACACCAACAGCCUCAGCACCAACACUCCCCGUCCUCGUUGGACGACGGGCUGAUUUCCCAACAUUCACAGCAGCAGGGGGGUGGCCAACAAUCGCCUUACCAUCAGCUGUCUCCCGGGGCACCGGUUCCCCAGAUCUACCCUCGUGCCUUUGAUUACGAUGCUGUGGUUGGCUGUACGGCGGCUUCCCAUGAGAACAGCCCGAUGUUUUCUGAUAGCACGCCGGGCUGGGAACCAAUGAGGAUGGGCGAUUAUGAGUGGUGUUACGCCCCGAAUAAUGGGGCGGGCGAUGGGUCUGGGGACCAAUCGAGUCUCUAUGGACAUGGGCAUGUAAAGGAAGAAAGGUGGGGAUGA